GUUCGAACGUAUGCAUGUCAUCUAAUCGCUUCACGUUUUAUUUUGUUUCGUUAAUGUUAUAAUGCGAGAUCAUAUACAAUCGUUAGACGCAGUCCCGACCGUUAAAUAAACGGAUUCGUAAAACAACCGCUUAUGAUGCACCGUUAUCAUACAGACCAUGGUAACACAGAUGUCUGCCAUGGACACUGAUGGGCAACAAGAAUGUUCCCAGUAACGUUACCUGGUUGGUUUCCAAAGUUGCUUCUUUCAUGAAGAUGGAGGUAUCAAGAAGAAGGAUCCUCCAAAAACAUCUGGAGCCUGCAAGACCCCUGCGCCGCUGCAUUCAUGUUGACAGUGAGCCCAUAAUAAAUGCUGCUACAUGUGGACAGGCACUGAUGGAGGAAGAGGAUGAAGAGGCAAAUAUUGGCAUAGAGCAGUUCUACAGGAUUGUCAACCUCCACAAACAGAAAGAAGGCAGAAUAUCUUACACAAGAGAAUUUUUAAUUGGUCUGGCAAGUUCUCCUGAGGCCAGGAAGAAACCGAAAUUCUUGCCAGAGCACCCCAUAGUGCUAAUGGAGGCAAGAGAUCUUGGGCACCUAAGGCUUCAUGAAAUGAGAUGGAAUGGGGGAAAAGAAGACAUGGACGAAGAAAGGCUUCACUCGCCUUAAGACAUUUGCACAGGUGUUCACUUCCCAAAGAGUGUUUUUUUUUUUUUUUUGCUGAGAAAUUAGUGAAUUUAAUUUAACUUGUGACAUUUAAAUUUGCAUGUUAUAUUUGUUUGAGAUUGAUAACAGUUUGCAGUGAAAUUGCACAAAGUAAUAAUACUAAACACCACUUAUGUGCUUAAGUAUGAGUAUUGCAUGUUUACAUUUUCUACUGUAAGAUUUUGGCUGGAGUGAAGUAUUUAAAUUUUGUAAAAAAUAAACCUAGACAUAAGAACAUUAACGGCUGUUCGUCAGAUGUGGUGGUAAUGUUUUGCUUAAAGAAACUGGGUAAUGCAGACUCAUCAUCACUUAUAUUAGUCAUAAAACAAACCCUACCUGCAGUGACAGCGGUCAAAAUGAUGUUUGUCAUCAGCUGUAUUAGCUGGGAUUACAUCAGAAUUGUAAUUUAACGUGUCUUACUAAAUAUGUUAACUUCUCUUAUAAAGGAAAGUUUGACCAAACAA